GAUGUUGCUCGAGGGCUUUCAAUACAAGAGGUCAUUGGAGAUGUGCUAAAAGCCAACUUGGAUCACAAGAGAACGAAUUUUCAGUUGCCACCAAUGAUGAUGUCACUAGUACUUGGAGAACCAGGAACAGGGGGAUCCUCAACACCAUCAAUGGUUGGUGCUGUUAAGAAGUGGCAAAAAUCUGAUCCUCAAGGCUCGUUCAAAACAUGGACGAAGUUGUCGGAAGCAAAUUCAGCUCUUGAAAUGCACCUCAACAACUUAAGCGAAUUUUCAGAAACAAAUUCUGAUGCUUAUAGAAUAACCAUUGACAAAUGCAGCAAACUUACGUCUGAAAAGUGGGCAGAGGGAGCUGUGGGGCCAUACCAAAUAGAAGUGAUUAAAGCACUCUUAGGAGCUAGAGAUUCCAUGUUGUCAAUCCAGACUACUAUGCACAAGAUAGGCGAGGCUGCCGGAAUUCCCGUGGAUUUGACGCGGUGUUUGCCAUUACCUUGGGAGCUUCAAGCAGCAAUGUCGUGA